CGCCGCCGCAGGGGCAGGGUGCCCGCCCGGGUCGCCGCCUACUUCGUUCCGGCUCCGCCUUCCCCGCCGCGGCCGCGCCAUGGUGCUGGAGUCGGUGGUCGCAGACCUGCUGAACCGCUUCCUGGGGGACUACGUGGAGAACCUUGACAAGUCGCAGCUGAAGCUGGGCAUCUGGGGCGGCAAUGUGGCUUUAGAUAAUCUACAGAUAAAAGAAAAUGCUCUGGGUGAAUUCGACGUUCCUUUUAAAGUCAAGGCUGGGCAAAUUGGUAAAUUAGCUUUGAAGAUUCCUUGGAAAAACCUUUAUGGAGAAGCAGUUGUUGCGACUUUAGAGGGAUUGUAUCUGCUUGUUGUCCCUGGAGCAAGUAUUAAGUAUGAUUCUGAGAAAGAAGAAAAAUCCUUGCAGGAUGUUAAACAGAAAGAGCUUUCCCGAAUUGAAGAAGCCCUUCAAAAAGCAGCAGAGAAGGGCACACAUUCAGGACAGUUCAUAUAUGGCUUGGAAAACUUGGUUUACAAGGACGUCAAGCCUGGACGUAAGCGUAAAAAGCACAAAAAACAUUUUAAGAAACGUUUUAAAGGUCUUGAUCGCUCAAAAGAUAAGCCUAAGGAAGCAAAAAAGGAUACAUUUUUGGAAAAAUUGGCAACUCAAAUAAUAAAAAAUGUACAAGUGAAAAUCACAGACAUUCACAUUAAAUAUGAAGAUGAUGGCCUUGUGCUUGCGGCAGGUGUUGGCGCUGCUGAGCUACAUCCCUGGCCCAAUGCAGUGGUUCUUGGUAACUUGACCGUCUUCAAGAUGUCUCAGAUAAUGUCUGUGCAUCCUGUGGAAAGCUCUGAACACUCUGUCACUGAUCCGGAGCGGCCGCUCUCAUUUGGUGUUACCCUGGGGGAGCUUAGUCUACUGACUACAAAUGAGAAUUGGACUCCAUGCAUAUUAAAUGAAGCAGAAAAAAUUAUAUACAAGCUAAUCCGACUGGAUAGUCUCAGUGCUUACUGGAAUGUGAACUGCCGCCUGUCCUACCAGGGGUCCCGAGAACAGAUCUUGGAUCAACUGAAAAAUGAAAUUCUUACAAGUAGACAGAGACCUCCAAACCAUCAAUACAUUUUCCAGCCAAUAUCAGCCUCUGCAAAACUCUACAUGAAUCCUCAUGCAGAAGCAGAACUCAAAACUCCCAAAUUAGAUUGGAGCAUAGAAGUGCAGAAUAUUGCCAUUGAGCUGACCAAGCCCCAGUACUUAAGUAUGAUUGACCUCUUGGAAUCAUUGGAUUAUAUGGUUAGAAAUGUACCUUACAGGAAAUAUAAACCUAAUUUACCACUUCACACCAAUUGUAGGCAAUGGUGGAAGUAUGCCAUUGAUUCAGUUCUUGAAGUUCAUAUAAGAAGAUGUACACAGAUGUGGUCAUGGUGUAACAUAAAGAAGCAUAGAGAGUUACUCAAGAGUUAUAAAAUCGCUUACAAGAAUAAGCUAACUCAGACUAAACUCUCGGAAGAAAUCCAGAAACAAAUUCAGGACCUGGAGAAGACUUUAGAUGUUUUUAACAUAAUUUUAGCAAGGCAACAAGCACAAGUCGAGGUGAUUCGAUCUGGGCAGAAACUAAGGAAGAAAUCCACUGACACAGGGGAGAAACGGGGAGGCUGGUUUAGUGGGUUUUGGGGUAAGAAGGAGUCUAAGAAAAAAGAUGAAGAAUCAUUGAUUCCUGAAACUAUUGAUGAUCUUAUGACCCCUGAGGAGAAGGACAAACUCUUCACUGCUAUUGGUUACAGCGGGAGCAUGCAUAACUUGACUUUGCCCAAGAAGUAUGUUGCCUAUAUAAUGACCUUGAAGUUGGUAAGCACUUCUAUUGUAAUCAGAGAAAACAAAAAUAUUCCUGAAAUCCUAAAAAUCCAGAUCAUUGGCCUGGGCACCCAAGUAUGCCAGCGACCAGGAGCGCAAGCCCUUAAGGUAGAAGCAAAGUUAGAACACUGGUAUAUCACAGGUCUGAGACAGCAGGAUACUGUGCCAUCCCUUGUGGCUUCCAUUGGUGACACUGCAUCAUCCUUGCUUAAAAUUGAGUUUGAAACCAAUCCAGAGAACAACCUUGCUGACCAGACGCUGACCGUCCAGUCCCAGCCCGUGGAGGUCAUCUACGAUGCUAAAACCAUCAAUGCAGUGGUUGAUUUCUUUCAGUCAAAUAGGGGAUUGGAUCUUGAGCAAAUAACAUCAGCUACUUUGAUGAAGCUGGAAGAAAUUAAAGAGAGAACAGCUACUGGACUUACACAUAUAAUUGAGACUCGAAAAGUUCUUGAUUUAAGGAUAAAUCUGAAGCCUUCUUAUCUAAUAGUUCCACAGACAGGCUUCCACCAUGAAAAGUCAAAUCUUCUCAUUUUAGAUUUUGGUACAUUUCAGCUCAACAGUAAAAGUCAAGGUCUACAGAAGACUACCAGUUCAUCUUUGGAAGAAAUAAUGGAUAAAGCAUAUGACAAGUUUGAUGUUGAAAUAAAGAGUGUGCAACUACUCUUUGCAAGAGCAGGGGAAAACUGGAAGAAGUGCCGUUUUCAGCACCCGUCCACUAUGCAUAUACUGCAGCCCAUGGAUAUUCAUGUGGAGCUAGCCAAGGCGAUGGUAGAGAAGGACACGAGAAUGGCCAGAUUUAAAGCAUCAGGAGGACUUCCUUUGAUGCAUGUGAGGAUUUCAGACCAGAAGAUGAAAGAUGUGCUGUGUUUGAUUAACAGUAUACCUUUGCCACAGAAAUCAUCAACUCAAUCUCCAGAGAGACAGGUAUCGUCAGUUCCUGUUGCUUCAAGUGGGACAAAAGUUCUCCUUGGUACUUCAUUAUUGCUGAGUGAAAUGGAUUCAGAGUCUGACGAUGAGUAUUUCGACGCUGAAGACGGUGCCUCCCAGGUGCCUAGAGGUGCGCCAGGCUCCGAACCCCGAAAGGCUGCGGAGGUUCCGAACGAGGCCCUCGUUAAUCUUCUGCUCAAGUUUGAAGUUAAAGAAGUAAUUUUGGAAUUUACUAAACAACAGAAAGAAGAAGAUACAAUUCUAGUAUUUAAUGUUACUCAGUUAGGAACAGAGGCCACAGUGAGAACUUUCGACCUAACUGUGGUGUCUUAUUUAAAGAAGAUCAGCUUGGAUUACCAUGAAAUUCAAGGAUCAAGAAAAAAGCCCCUUCACUUGAUUAGCUCUUCUGACAAACCUGGGUCAGAUCUUUUAAAAGUAGAGUAUAUUAAGGCUGAUAAGAGUGGACCUAGUUUUCAAACCACUUUUGAAAAAACUGAACAGACAUUUAAGGUGGCCUUUUCCUCUUUGAACUUGUUGCUGCAAACCCAAGCUCUUCUCUCUUCUAUUAACUACCUGACAACCAUCCUUCCCUCUGAUGGGCAGAGCAUGGGCGGCCCACCAGGGGUGCAGAUCUCCACUGAGAAGCAAACAAAUUCCUCUCUGCAGAAAGUGAUUGUAUCCUCUAAAGACAGUGAUGUUACUGGCUUCAGACUGUUUGCCAAGUUAAAUGCUUUCUGUGUCACCAUUUGCAAUGAGAAGAGCAGUAUUGCUGAAAUCAGGAUACAAGGCCUCGACUCUUCUCUUUCUCUUCAGUCAAGGAAGCAGUCACUUUUUGCCAGACUGGAAAAUAUUAUUGUUACAGACGUUGAUCCUAAGACAGUUCAUAAAAAAGCUGUGUCAAUAAUGGGAAAUGAAGUUUUUCGUUUUAACUUGGAUUUGUACCCAGAUGCGACUGAAGGGGAUUCAUACACUGACAUGUCCAAAGUGGAUGGCGUGGUGUCGCUGAAUGUUGGCUGCAUUCAGAUUGUCUAUCUUCAUAAGUUCCUUGUGUCCCUUUUGAACUUCCUGAACAAUUUCCAGACAGCCAAAGAGGCCCUGAGCGCAGCCACCGCGCAGGCUGCAGAAAAGGCCGCCACCAGUGUGAAAGACCUUGCCCAGCGGAGUUUGCGCUUCUCUGUCAGCAUUAAUUUGAAAGCACCCGUUAUUGUCAUCCCACAGUCUUCUGUUUCCAGCAACGCUGUUGUGGUGGACCUUGGUUUGAUCAGAGUUCAGAACCAGUUCAGUCUUGUGUCUGGGGAAGGGUCUGUAAAUCCUCCUGUGAUUGAUAGAAUGGAUGUGCAGCUCACGGACCUGAAGCUGUCCAGGACAGUAAUCCAACCAGGCACCUCCCAGCCUGAUAUUCAGCUGUUGCACCCAAUUAACUUUGAGUUUUUUGUAAAUCGAAAUCUCGCUGCAAAUUGGUAUCAUAAGGUACCUGUUGUGGAAAUUAAAGGACAUCUUGAUACAAUGAAUGUUUGUCUAAAUCAAGAAGAUCUUAAUGUUUUGUUUAGAAUACUGUCGGAAAAUCUUGGUGAAACUCCUGAAGAGUUAGAUAACGUGAAACCAAGAGUACCAGAGACAGGUGAAAUCAAAGAUGCCCCUGAAAUUUCUACAUCACAGAGAUUACAAACUUCGAAAGAUGCUUCAAGAGCUGAAAGAGAAGAAAUUAGAUCUGUAAACAUUGUUAAUGUACUGCUGAAUUUUGAAAUUAAAGAGGUUAUGGUGAUGCUGAUGAAAAAGGCGGAAAAGAGUGGGAGGCCAGUGCACGAGCUCAGUGUCCUGCAGCUUGGAGUGGAAGCUAGAGUUCAAGCUUAUGCCGUGACUGCUGAAGCUUAUCUCCAGCAAGUCAGCAUGCGGUGCCUGGAUUUCACUGAUGCAGAAGGAGGCCCUCUGCACAUCGUGCGCUCCUCUUGUGUGACUAAGGAGCCGCUCCUGAAGUUGGCCUUGACCAAGGCAGACAGUGAUGGACCGGAAUUUAAAACUGUUCAUGACAAUACCAAACAGAGACUAAAGGUUUCAUUUUCAUCCUUAGACAUAUUACUUCAUUUAGAAGCUUUACUUUCCCUUAUGGAUUUUUUGUCAUCGGCCGUUCCAUCCUCUGAGUCGUCUUCUAGGAAGGAAUCUGAGCUAAAACCACUUGUAGGGGAGUCCAGAAGUAUUGCCAUCAAAGCUGUAUCUGGCACCAUUUCUAAAGAGGAUAUGUUCGAUUUAAAGGUUACAGCUGAAUUAGAUGCUAUUAAUGUUGUUGUCUGUGAUCAGAAGUGUUCUAUAGCUGAUGUUAAAAUACAUGGAAUGGACGCCUCUGUUUCUGUGAAGCCAAAACAGACUGAUAUGUUUGCCAGACUUCAGAAUAUCAUAGUAACAAAUGUUGAUUUGAAGUCCAUUCACAAAAAGGCUGUCUCCAUCUUGGGAGAGGAAGUCUUCCGGUUCCAGAUGACUCUGUAUCCAGACGCCACAGAAGGAGAAGCCUAUGCCGACGUGUCUAAAGUAGAUGGCAGACUUAGUCUCAAAGUGGGUUGUAUUCAGAUCGUUUACGUUCAUAAAUUCUUCAUGUCUCUGUUGAAUUUCCUCAACAACUUCCAAGCUGCCAAGGAAGCUUUGAGCACGGCUACCAUGCAGGCUGCAGAGAGAGCUGCUUCUAGUGUGAGGGACUUGGCCCAGAAGAGCUUCCGCCUUGCGAUGGAUGUGGACCUGAAAGCACCGGUUAUUAUUAUCCCUCAGUCUUCAGUGUCGUCUAACGCUGUGGUGGCAGAUCUCGGCUUAAUCAGCGUGGAAAACAGCUUUAGCUUGCUUCCUGCAGAACGUUACCCUCUCCCUCCAGUCAUUGAUAAAAUGAAGGUCCAACUCACUCAAUUGAAGCUGUCCAGAACUAUCUUGCAAGCUGACUUGCCACAGGAUGACAUUGAAAUCUUAAAACCAGUAAACAUGCUUUUGUCUAUACAACGAAACUUAUCAGCAACCUGGUACAUGGAAAUUCCCGGGAUCGAGAUAAAAGGAAAGUUAAAACCUAUGCAGGUUGCUCUCAGUGAAGAUGACCUAACAGUUCUAAUGAAAAUUUUGCUGGAAAAUCUUGGGGAAGCUUCUCCACAGCCAAGCCCUGCACUGUCUGCUCAGGAGGCUGUGAGAGUGAGGAAAGAUAUUCCAAGUGGACCAGACUACCUGAGAGAACAAGAAGAUUUGACAGACUUAAAGCCUUCUGUGGACCAGACCAUCACACUCCAAUUUGACUUUCAUUUUGAAUCUCUGUCCAUUAUCCUUUAUAACAGUGACAUCAGUCAGGAGUCCAAACUUGCAUUUCAUAAUGAUAGUUUUCGUCUUGGUGAGCUCAGACUGUACCUGAUGGCCUCUGCAGGGAAGAUGUUCAAGGAUGGCUCAGUGAAUGUCAGCCUUAAGCUGAAGACAUGCACCCUUGAUGAUCUCAGAGAAGGCAUCGAGAGAGCCACGUCCAGAAUGAUUGACAGAAAGAAUGACCAAGAUAGCAGCAGUUCUAUGAUUGAUAUUCAUUACAAACAAGACAAAAACACAAGUCUAAUUGAUGCUGUUCUUGACAAGCUGUAUGUGUGUGCCAGCGUGGAGUUUUUGAUGACUGUGGCAGAUUUCUUCAUCAAAGCUGUGCCUCAGAGCCCAGAAAAUACGGCGAAGGAAAUACAAAUGCCAUCAAGACACAUUACCAUGGGGAAAGUCAAGACAGAAAAAGAUGAUUCUGCAAGACGAAACAUGACCUUGAAGGCCAAGAUCAUAGACCCGGAAGUGGUGUUUGUGGCCAGCCUGAGCAGGGCGGACGCUCCUGCGCUGUCGGCCUCCUUCCAGUGUAAGCUCUGUGUGUCCGCAUCUGGGCUGGAGCAGGUGACGGAGGCAUCCAUCAAAGACCUGAGAGUGCUCGCUUGUCCUUUCCUCAGAGAGAAGAGGGGGCAAACCAUCACCACAGUCUUGCAGCCAUGCUCUUUAUCUAUGGAAAAAUGUACCUGGGCCUCGGGAAAACAGAAUAUCAAUAUUAUGGUUAAAGAAUUUAUAAUUAAGAUUUCACCCAUCAUUCUGAAUACUGUGAUGACAAUAAUGGCUGCCAUGUCUCCAAAGACGAAAGAGGAUGAAUCGAGAGACACAUCUAAGGAAAUGGAAAGUCUUUGGGAUAUCAAGUCUAUUGAUGAUUAUAAUUCUUGGUUUCUUGGUGUUGACAUGGCAACCGAAGCAACAGAAAGUUUCAGAGCGAUGGAUCAUCCACUGAUAGAGGAAAACUGUGCUGUUGCUGUGGAAUCGGUCCAAGUCACUCUAGAAUGUGGCCUUGGGCACCGAACUGUGCCUUUACUAUUGGCAGAGUCCAAGUUUUCAGGAAAUAUUAAGAAUUGGACUUCCCUGUUGGCUGCUACUGCUGAUGUGACACUGCAGGUUCACUAUUACAAUGAGAUUCAUGCUGUGUGGGAGCCAUUGAUCGAGCGAAUAGAGGGGAAGAAACAAUGGAACUUAAAGCUUGAUGUAAAGAAGAACCCGAUCCAGGAUAAAAGUUUGAUACCAGGAGAUGAUUUUAUUCCUGAGCCCAAAAUGGCAAUUUAUAUUUCUUCAGCAGACACAAUGAAUAUAACAAUAUCCAAAACGUGUCUCAAUGUUUUCAGCAAUUUAGCAAAAGGUUUUUCGGAGGGCACUGCUUCUACUUUUGAUUACUCUUUAAAAGACAGAGCUCCGUUUACGGUCAGAAAUGCUGUAGGUGUUCCCAUGAAGGUGCAGCUCAGUCGUAACCUGAGAGUGAUGGGCUCCCCAGGGAAGAGCGAUGUCUAUGGUGUGGAUGCCGGUCAGCAUCUGGAACUGGAGUAUGCCAGCACGGAACCUUCCUCUCAAGGGAAGCUGUCUGUGCUGAGCCGUCAGGAGAGUUCCUUCUUCACGCUGACUUUCGUACCACAUGGAUACACAGAGGUUGCCAAUGUCCCUGUUGCCCGACCUGGACGGCGGUUGUACAAUGUGUGGAAUCCCCAUGCCAAUUACUCGGACUCUGUCUUGGUACAGAUUGAUGCCACCGAAGGGAAUAAAGUCAUCACCCUCCGCUCUGCGCUGCAGAUUAAAAACCACUUCUCUGUUCCAUUUAUUAUCUAUAAACUGGUUAAGAAUGUUAAACUUCUGGAGCGCAUUGGAACAGUCAGCCCCGAAGAGGAGUUCCAUGUCCCUUUAGAUUCGUAUAGAUCUCAGUUGUUUAUCCAGCCGGCUGGGGACUUAGAGCAUCAGUACAAGGAGUCGACCACCUACAUCCCCUGGAAGGAGGAGCUGCACAGGAGCAGUUCCGUAACAGGCAGGCUGCAGUGUCCGGCGGUGCAGCACAGCUUCCUGCCCCUAGUUGUGAACACGGUUGCCGAGCCUGACGAGUUGAGCCACAUCAGCGCACACGGGGAGGAUUGGAACCCGGCGUACAUCAUUCACCUCUACCCUUCUCUCACACUGCGGAAUCUGCUCCCCUAUUCCCUAAGAUACUUACUGGAGGGAACAGCAGAUACUCAUGAGCUGGCAGAAGGCAGUACAGCAGACGUCCUGCAUUCCCGAAUCAGUGGAGAAGUCAUGGAAUUAGUCCUGGUCAGAUACCUGGGCAGAGACUGGACCGGUCAUUUCCGCAUAUGUGACACGCUUCCCGAGUUCUUUCUUGUGUGUUUUACAUCUAACUCCAAAGAAGCAGUGACAGUUGACCUGUCGGUGCACGUCAGGCGAGUUGGCAACCGCAUGGUGCUCUCUGUCUUUAGUCCCUACUGGUUAAUCAACAAGACUUCCCGGGUCCUCCAGUACCGCGCAGAAGACACUCACGUGAAGCACCCAGCUGACUUCAGGGACAUCAUUUUAUUCUCUUUCAAGAAGAAGAACAUUUUUAGUAAAAACAAGGUACAAUUAAAAAUUUCAACUAGUGCCUGGUCCAGCAGUUUCUCAUUGGAUACUGUGGGAAGUUACGGGUGUGUGAAAUGUCCUGCCAACAAUAUGGAAUACCUGGUUGGGGUGAGCAUCAAAAUGAGCAGCUCCAACCUCUCGCGCAUCGUCACUCUGACGCCCUUCUGCACUGUCGCAAACAAGUCCUCGCUAGAGCUGGAAGUCAGCGAGAUUGCAUCCGAUGGCUCUGUGCCAACUAAUAAAUGGAGCUACAUUGCUUCUUCAGAGUGCCUUCCAUUUUGGCCUGAAAAUCUGUCAGGCAAACUUUGUCUGAGAGUAGUGGGCUGUGAGAGACCUUCCAAACCAUUCUUUUAUAACCGACAAGAUAAUGGCACUUUAUUGACCUUAGAAGAACUGAAUGGAGCCAUCUUGGUGGAUGUAAAUACUGCAGAACACUCCACUGUCAUAACCUUUUCUGAUUACCAUGAGGGGUCUGCACCUGCCCUCCUGAUAAACCACACACCGUGGGACAUCCUCACGUACAAACAGAGUGGAUCACAGGAGGAAGUAGUCUUAAUGCCAAGACAAGCUCGACUUUUUGCCUGGGCUGAUCCUACUGGCCCCAGAAAACUUACGUGGACAUAUGCAGCCAGUCGUGGGGAGCAUGCUCUGUUGAAGGACGAAUGUGGCCAGUUUCCCUAUGACGCAAACAUCCAGAUACACUGGGUGUCAUUCCUCGAUGGCCGCCAGAGAGUGCUGCUUUUCACGGAUGAUGUGGCCUUGGUUUCCAAAGCGCUGCAGGCAGAGGAAAUGGAGCAGGCUGACCAUGAAAUAACCUUCUCUCUCCACAGCCUUGGGCUCUCACUGGUUAACAAUGAAAGCAAGCAGGAAGUUUCAUAUAUCGGAAUAACCAGUUCUGGUGUUGUUUGGGAAAUGAAACCAAAGCAGAAAUGGAAGCCUUUUAGUCAGAAGCAGAUACUCCUCCUGGAGCAUUCCUACCAGAAGCACCAGCACUCCUGUGACCGCGGCUGGGUGAAGCUAGAGAAUAAUUUUGAGGUCAAUUUUGAGAAAGUUCCCAUGGAAAUGCGUCUUCCUAUUCAGUGCCCUAUUAAACGAGAUUUUCUGUCAGGAAUUCAGGUUGAAUUUAAGCAGUCUCCUCAUCAGAGGAGUUUAAGGGCCAGGUUGUAUUGGCUACAGGUCGAUAAUCAGUUACCAGGUACCAUGUUUCCUGUUGUAUUUCAUCCUGUGGCUCCUCCCAAGUCCAUUGCUUUGGAUUCAGAGCCCAAACCUUUCAUUGAUGUGAGUGUCAUCACAAGAUUUAAUGAGUACAGUAAAGUCUUACAGUUCAAGUAUUUCAUGGUCCUCAUUCAGGAAAUGGCCUUAAAAGUCGAUCAGGGGUUUCUUGGCGCUAUGGUUGCCCUGUUUACCCCAACAACUGACCCUGACGCUGAAAGCAAACGGACACAGUUACUCCAACAAGAUAUUGAUGCUCUAAACACAGAGUUAAUGGAGACUUCAAUGACUGAUAUGUCAGUUCUCAGUUUCUUUGAACAUUUCCACAUUUCACCCAUUAAGUUGCAUUUGAGUCUGUCUUUGAGUUCUGGAGGUGAAGAAUCAGACAAACAGGAAAUGAUUGCGAUUCAUUCUGUCAACCUGCUUCUGAAAAGCAUAGGUGCCACUCUGACUGAUGUGGAUGACCUUAUUUUCAAACUCGCUUAUUUUGAAAUACAAUACCAGUUUUACAAGAGAGAUCAACUCAUGUGGAGUGUUGUUAGGCAUUACAGUGAACAGUUCUUAAAACAGAUGUAUGUCCUUGUGUUGGGCUUAGAUGUGCUUGGAAACCCAUUUGGAUUAAUUAGAGGUCUGUCUGAAGGAGUUGAAGCUUUCUUCUACGAACCCUUCCAGGGUGCUGUCCAAGGUCCUGAAGAGUUUGCUGAGGGGUUAGUGAUUGGAAUGAGAAGUCUCUUUGGGCACACAGUAGGUGGUGCAGCCGGAGUUGUGUCUCGAAUCACUGGUUCCGUUGGGAAAGGUUUGGCAGCAAUUACAAUGGACAAGGAGUAUCAGCAAAGAAGACGAGAAGAGAUGGGCCGACAGCCUAAAGAUUUUGGAGAUAGCCUGGCCAGAGGAGGAAAGGGCUUCCUGCGGGGAGUUUUUGGUGGAGUGACGGGAAUAAUAACAAAGCCUGUAGAAGGUGCCAAAAAGGAGGGAGCUGCUGGAUUCUUUAAAGGAAUUGGAAAAGGGCUCGUGGGUGCUGUGGCUCGUCCGACAGGCGGGAUUGUCGACAUGGCCAGCAGCGCCUUCCAGGGCAUUCAGAGGGCAGCGGAGUCAGCUGAGGAAGUGUCGAGCCUGCGCCCCCCUCGCCGUAUCCAGGAGGAUGGCAUCAUUCGUCCCUACGACAGGCAGGAGUCAGAGGGCCAUGACUUGUUCGAGAAUCAUAUAAAAAAGUUGGAAGGAGAAACUUACCAGUACCACUGUGCUGUUCUCGGAAGCAGGAGUACAAUCUUCAUGGUUACAAACAGGCGAGUGCUGUGUCUCAAGGAAGUGGAGUUUCUCGCCCAUAUGUAUCUCGAUUGGCAGUUUCCAUUUGAAGAUUUUGUUUUUCCUCCUACUGUGAAUGAGAAUGUGCUUCAGAUUUCAGUGAAGGAGCAAGGUCUAUUCCAGAAAAAAGAUGGUGCCAGUCCAGGCUGUGUUCAGAAAGUUUGCCUGAAGGAUAAUGCCACAGCACAGAGAGCCUGUCACGUCAUUGAGGAUGCGCAGUCGAGGAGACAGCAGCAGAAGCUGAUGAAGCAGCCGUCACUGAAACUUCUCAGCUCCCAAGUGCGGUCCUAGUCACAGGUCCCAGCGAGCUGGUGCAGGGAAGAGUCACCUUCUGUGUCGUGCUGGAGAGAAGUUGCCAGGCAACUCUUUAGUUUUAUUAUUUUAGAGACAUUAGUGUUGGAUUCCCCUUCCCAGCUCUUAUUUUUGCCUGUAAUUUUGUAAUCAUGCAUAUAUUGGUCCACCUAUAGACGGCUAGUGGGUCAGACCCUUGAAGAAAUACUACUUCAGACUUGGAAUGAGAUUUUCAUUAACACACGAAGCACAGGCAGCCGGUUUAGUUUUCAAGUCUUUGUUAAAGAAUGAGUUUUCAGUUCCCAGUGCACUCUGAAAGGUUUUAGCCAGACAAAUGCUGGACACGUCAACAUUUUGUUUAAAGGUAAUUUUUCAGUAACUCAGUCAGAGAAAAUGUUUGGUAAACCAAGUAACUGAAGAAAAGCCUCCAAAGGAAGAAAUGACAUGUAUUUUCUUUCUUCUCACAAAAGCAUGUUUUUCUCCCAAGAGCACUGGUGUUGCUUUGCUUCUUAUUUUUCUUCCUCGCACUAUGAAAAAGGAACGUGAGCAUUCACACCUUGAAGCAGUGGCACUCAGUGAUCUGUCAUGUGACAAGCCCAACAUUCUGAGAGCCGUUCACAAGCUGUUGAAGACAGGUUCAUAGGGCACAAUUGCAAUUCACUGGUAAAUGAAAAUGCUGUACUGUAAGCUUUGGGGACUCUGAAGUAUCUCACAUGCAACGUUUUUAUAUUUCCAGAAGUUGUUUUUUGGAAGUUAAAAGACUUUUCAGAGUAUCAUAAAUUCACAUUUGAUUCUAGUACUAAAUGUUUUUUAAAUACUGGAGAGUGAACUCUUUCCACUGUUUUAUAUAUAAAGCACAGGGUUACAUAGCAAUACUGGGAAGAAUGUACAUGUUUGCUUUGAGGAGCAGGUGUAAGGGCAUCAGUGCAAGACAAAAUAUUUCCAUCCUUUCUGCAUCUUUCCUCAGAGACGCGUUCUUCAAACUUAAAAAACAUUUUAGAAGUAUUUCAUUUGGGUGGGUCUGCAGAUUUACAGCUGCUGUUGAACGUGGAGUUUAUUUCAAAUUACUGACUCAGUGGUAAAAGGGAGAUGCAGAGAAACCGGACUGCUUUGUUUGUGUUAAUGUGCCACGGUGGGUCUGUUAUCGUUGCUCAAGUGCCCUAAGGGCUGGCCGUGAAACUACAGGUCUCCCCGCGUCGCUGUCGCUGUCGCAGAGCAGAGCAGAGGGCAGUGCCUAAGCCCUGGAGCUCUGGUUUCUGAUGUCCCUGCCUUUUGACCACUCAUCUUUCUCAGUUUCUGUGACUGAAAGUAAUAUAUAUAAAACUUCUAUCUUAAAAAGUUUAUAGCAGGUUCUAUUGUUUUGUGCCUUUAAAAAUAACUUAAUCAGGAAUUUAAAAUAGAUUAUAUUUUCUUACGAAUCAUAACUAUUUACAGUGUCCUAAAUAUUUAAAAAAUUAUAUUGCACUGAUAGUAUAUUCUGUAAAUGGAUGUACAGGACAUUGAACUAAGAAAAAUUACAGAAAUUGUAAACUCAUUGUCUUAGUUGACUUUGAAAUGAAUUUCUAAUAUUUGUAAUAUUUUUAUUUGAUUUAAUCCCCUGGAAAAGAAAUAAUCUGUUGGUAGUAAGGUCUGUCGUAUUUCAGUUUGAUCGAGAGGCCCUUGUAUGUUAUGAGUUGUUAUCUCUUGCUUUUUGUUUUGUUUUGUUUUUUUGGUACCAGGAUCAAACUCAUGACCUUGUGCUUGCCAGACUGGCACUUGUGCCACUAAGCUAAAUCCCUGGCCCUCAGUCUGUUGUGUCUUAAAAAAUGCUUUUGAAGUCCAUUACUUGGAUAUAAAUUCUGCGAGAAAUAAAACAUUUGAAGCAUUGUUUUUA